AUGUGUGAUUUGUGCGAUGAAGCACGCUAUAUAAACACAACAGGAUCUUCGAGUAGUGCCGACUGUACAGUAAGUGGAGUAUGCUUAGGAUCGGUCUGUCAAAAUGGAGGAACAUGUCAUCCAUUACACCAAAACUUUUACUGCGAGUGUCCCCGAGAAUACUUAGGAUUACACUGCGAGACACCUAUUAAUCCUUGUGAAUCACAGCCUUGUUUCAAUGGACAGCCGUGUAUACCUACCCUAGGCUCAUUCAACUAUACAUGUAACUGUGGCUCACCAUAUCAAGGCAGAAAUUGUGAAAUAGGAAAUGAUUUUUGUCAACAAUCCACUAUCUGCCAAAACCACGCUAUAUGCAAGAGUGGUCCUAGCGGCUAUGAAUGUGUUUGCCCAUCAUGGGACAAAUACAUUGGCACAAGCUGUGACAAUCUAAGAGAUCCCUGUAGCAACAUUGUGUGCGAAAACGGUGGAGUGUGUAGGAAUUUGGGAAAUAUACGUCACUAUUGCGACUGCCCAGAUAGUUACAAAGGAGAAUUAUGCGAAAUAUAUAUUGACCUAUGUGAAUCGUCACCAUGCUUGAACAAUGGUACAUGUGUUUCUUCAACAACCGAUAUUUUCUGCUAUUGCACGGCGGCUGUGGUAGCGAACAGAUCUGUGUCGAUGACUUUUUUCAAAACACAGCCCACUGUUUCUGUACAAAUAAUUUAG